CACAGCCCUUGGAGGCCACUCUUCUCCUCCGCUCCCCGCGGCCUCCCGCUCCCCACCACCGCCCGGGACAGCCAAGAUGAAAGGCCGGAGGAUCCUCAUCUUUGCCAUCUUGCAGGCACGGCUCCCAGGCACAGAUGCUACAUCAGUUCUUGGACUGACAGACCCAAGACUCUGCUACAUACUGGAUGGAUUCCUCUUCAUUUACGCAGUCAUCAUCACAGCCCUUUUUGUGAAAGCAAAGCUUACCCAGGCUUCUGAAGUGCAGCUGCAGCCAGGCCAGGAUGAUGUGUAUAAUAAACUGUCUCGUGGACACCGCGAUGAAUACGAUGUUCUGGGGGCAAAGCGAGGUGCAGACCCUGAGUUGGGCGGGAGACACCAGCAGAGAAGAAAGAACCCUCAGGACACCGUCUACACUUCACUGCAGAAGGACAAGAUGGGCGAGGCAUACAGUGAAAUCGGAAUGAAGGGAGAGCAGCAGAGGCGACGAGGCAAAGGGAACGAAGGUCUCUACCAGGGACUCAGUACAGCGACCAAGGACACUUACGACGCUCUCCAAAUGCAGCCUUUGCCCCCCCGCUAGUGGGUGUCACGGAGGGGAUGGGCACGGGUGAGAGAUGCCCACCCGCCCUGGGGAGGAGAGGAGGGAGAGCCUUUUUCAUCCAAAACAAGCACCGUGUAUUUUCUCAAUGCAUCUACCUACUUUGGCUGGUGCACAGAGAGAAUAUGUCUGGACUUGGUCAAUCCCUUCUCCCUUCCCUCUUGAAUCAUGUAACUGCAAGCUUUAGCUAUUAAAAUGUACAUAUCUGUAAAGUUGUUUCCAAUAAUAGUGAUUAUUAGGCCCAUUCUUGUAAGAUUUGUGUUGUGGGACCAGACCACACCACCUAGACCAGCUGUUGCCGUAGCUCUUGCUUGUCUUCCAGGGGUAUCAAGACUCGUAAUUAUGAUUUAAUUGCAUUUUAAGAACUUGUAAAGAUAGGGCUGUAGUUAUCUCCUGUAGUAUUUAUCUUUAGGCUAUUUGACAUAGACCACCUAAAAUUUUUGCUUUAAAUUUACCUUUUAAAAACCACUUCAGUGGGGGAUGACUUUUUUCCUGUAAUUGUAAAAAGUGAUGUGAUGUUACAGUAGUGAAGGACAGAGGCUAAACGCCAGCUUUUCAGUACAAAGAAAACAAGCGUAAAGCUCCAAGAAAAGAUCAAGCAAUGGCAUUGCCACUCAUCCAGCACCUGGAGCUAACCACGAGCCAGGGAACCUGCCUACGAGAGCUCUCAGAAGGUGGAAGAUACCCCUGUUCCAAUGAGAACAAGGAGUAUGGACUCUCCUAAGAGAAUAAUAUGGAAGACUCGGGAAAACUCACCCUGGAGAAUCUCCUGGCUGAAGGGGUCGGCUGAACCCUUUGCCCCCUGGCGUUAGCAACACCUACAGCUCUCGCUGCAGAACGGGCUCCCCUUGUAGGAGCUGCCGUGGCAGUUCCAUGUCAGACACUGACCAAAACACUCGCUUGUGGGCAGCGCAAACUGCACAAAAGCCAAUGUAAACGCAGUUUCCACAGCAGUCUAUCAUCAGGUUACCUUUAAAAGACGAUGCAGAUAUUACUCCAAAGACAUUGAGUAAUUCAGUAAUGUGAUGUGGUUUUGAUGAAUUAAUAAAGUUAGCGUCCAAGA